AUGACUCGGUGCCCGCUGUCGUGCCAGUUGACCCGGUGCCCGCUGUCUAGCUUGAUGACUCGGUGCCCGCUGUUCUGCCAGAUGACUCAGAGCCCGCUGUCGUGCCAGAUGACUCGAAGCCCGCUGUCGUGCCAGAUGACUCGGAGCCCGCUGUCGUGCCAGAUGACUCGGUGCCCGCUGUCGAGCUUGGUGACUCGGUGCUCGCUGUUCUGCCAGAUGACUCGGUGCCCGCUGUUCUGCCAGAUAAGUCGGUGCCUGCUGUCGUGCCAGUUAACCUGGUGCCCGCUGUCGUGCCAGUUG